AUGGUUGCCUAUUCCAUCUCAAGCAUCCUACAACUCAUUAGCACCCUAAAACCUAUACCUACUCGUUUAUCAGGAAUAGAUCACAUCAACAAGCUUGAAGAUAUUCUCAAAGAAAUCAAUGACAAAGUCCAGAAACUGAGCUACUCCUCCAUAGGUGAAGUACGUCUUCUUCCUUUGCUGCAAAAGGUUAGAGACGUGGUCAUCGAUUUAAAUGACUUGAUGGAGGUUCUCCGUUACAACGAAAGUACUACUAGUGGCUCAACAACAGCGUUCAUUGCAUUCGGCCUAAAAAUAACCAAUCAUUUCAAAGUCAAGAAAGCCGCGGAGGAGUUCAAACGCUUGAUCGAGGUGGAUUUAAAGGGAUUGUGUUUGUCAAUAUCUCAAGAAGCAGCAGAAGCAGCAACAGAAACAGUUAAUAGUAACAUGAAGAAUGUCAAAAGAAAUUUUGAGAAAAUUACCAUGGUUGGCAGAGAAAAUGAAAAGAAGGAGAUUAUAGAUCAACUACUGAAGUUGAACAACCCUGCUGAUGAUUUCGUUCCUGUUAUUGUCAUUGUUGGUGUUCCUGGAAUUGGGAAAACAAAACUUGCAAGUCUUGUUUGCGAAGAUGAACAAGUCAAAGCUCAUUUUGGUUUCGAACCAAUUUGGAUCCGUUCUCUCCAUGAAACCUUUGAUGUGGAAUACAUUGCUAACUUAGCUAUGACCACAGUCAUUGAUGGAAGUGUACGCCGCCUACUUGUGCUCGAUGAUUUGCGAAUUGAGAUUAAGCAUGAUCUUGAAAAGUUGCAAAAGAAAUUAACUGAAUCUGGCGGUACCAGUUGGGCAAUACUCAUCACUACACGUAGCAACUAUGUCGCCGAUAAUAUUUCUGUUGCCAGGUAUGUUUUGAAAGGGCUUAACAGACAUGAAUCUCAAUUGUUAUUCCAACAAAUUCGUGGGCAAACUUCAACCUCAACCAACAACAAACAAGACAACAUCGAAUGGGAACUCGUGAAGGAUUGUGGUGGAGUCCCUCUUGCGAUUGUGACCGUAGCAAUGUUGAUGAAGAACCAAAGUGCUGGUGGUGUUUCAAUUUUGGCAGCAGACCAAAUAGCAGAAGUGGAGAGGAAGUUUCUACAAGAGCUCAAGUUUAUGUAUUACAAGGAUCUUCCAAUGCUUCACAAGUUAUGUUUUGCAUAUUGUUCAUUGUUUCCAAGAGAUUAUUUGAUUGAUGCUGAGAGAUUAAUUGAACUCUGGACUGCUGAAGGAUUUCUCACCAUUCCACAACAACAAUUUUGUCGACCUUGUUUCAAUGACUUUGUUCCGUUGGUUUUCCAACAAGUGGAAGAAAAAGAAGAAGGUGUUGUAAGUAAUCACUCAUAUAGAAUGAAUCGGUUAAUGCAUAAACUCGCAAGGCUAGUCACCUGUGAAGAAAACAUGACUGUGAAUUCGAUGGGGGAUAAAGUUAAAGGUGGAAUGUUGCGAGCUUCAUUUGAUUUUGCUUUGGAUCUGUCAUGUGGGAUCCCAGACUUGUUGUUCGAUAAAGCAAAGAAACUGAGAACCAUUCUUUUGCCGUACAGCACUAACAACCCUCGCCUUCCACACGAGGUGAAGAUGACAACAUCAACAUGCGAUAAGAUCUUCAACACCUUCAAGUCCCUACGUGUGCUGGAUCUACAUGACUUGGGGAUUAAGAUGGUUCCAACAUCUAUUGAGGAGGUGAAGUACUUGAGGUAUCUAGAUCUUUCUCAUAACAACAUAGAAAAGCUACCUAGUUCCAUCACUAAGCUUAUCCACUUGCAAACAUUGAAAUUAUCACAAUGUCACAUCCUCAAGGAAUUGCCAAAAGACUUGGAUGGCCUGAGUUGCCUCAACCAUCUUGACAUUGAGGGAUGCCUGGAUCUAACUCACAUGCCAAGUGGUAUAAAUAAGCUCACUUCUUUACAAACAUUGUCACUCUUUGUGGCCAGCAAGAAACAAGUAAUCACUGGAGGACUAAGAGAACUCACGGAUCUUAACAAUCUGAGAGGCCGGUUGGAAAUAUCGCAUCUAGAACAAGUCAUGUUCUCUCCAUCUAAGGAAGCUGCUCAAGAUGAAUUUCUGAAAAAUAAACAACACCUUGAGUUUUUGACUCUAAGAUGGGAUCAUGAUGACGAGGAAGAGGAGGAGGAGGAGAAGGUAAGCCAUGUCAAAGAUAUAGACCGAAAGUUGCUUGAUUGUCUUGAGCCACAUCCGAAUUUGAGAGCGCUAUUCAUUGUGGGGUACAAUCGUCACACCUUGUCUAACUGGCUCCAUUCCAUCCAGUGUCUUGUUAAGUUUACCUUGAACGACUGUCCCAAAUGCGAGUUUCUCCCCCCAAUGGAUCAGCUUCCACAUCUCAAGGUUCUCCAAAUUCGGAGACUGGACUCUCUGAAAUUCAUUGCAGAAAACAAUCAAGUUGGUAAUUCCCCUUCCUCUACUACCCCAAUAUUGUUUUUUCCAUCCUUGAAGGAACUUACAAUUUCGGAUUGUCCUAAUCUGAAAAGUUGGUGGGAAAAUGAGAUUUGGGGUAAUGAUAGACCAUAUUUCAGUUGCAUUUCAAAACUAAACAUCCAAUGUUGUCCUAAAUUAGCUUGCAUGCCUCUAUAUCCUGGUCUUGAUGAUGAGCUUGUUCUUGUGGAGUCGAACGUAAGAUCAAUGAGGGAUACAAUGCAUCAUGCUGAUGGUAGUGAAACUACUACUAAGUCAAAACCCUUUUCCAAAUUGAAAUCAAUGGUAAUUGAGCGUAUUGAGCAAACUCCACCAGAGAGGUGGCUUAAAAACUUUGUUUCGCUUGAGGAACUUCACAUUAGAGAUUGUGUUAUUUUAAAGUCUUUACCACAAGGUUUCAAGUCUUUGAGUUCACUCAUAUCACUCACUAUUGAGAGAUGUGAAGAACUUGAUCUCGACAUCUCCGGAACUGAAUGGAAGGGUCUGAGAAAGCUUCGUUCUCUUACAUUAAGGAGUAUUCCCAAACUCAAGUCCCUUCCAAGGGAAAUUGAAAACUUGAACUCUUUGCAUGAUUUAAGGCUUUAUGAUUGCCAUGGUCUAACUGACCUAACAGAAAGCAUAGGUAACCUCACUUCCCUUGGCAAACUAGUUAUUUCUGAAUGCAGAAAUUUAGAUUAUCUGCCCAAGGGGAUGGAAAUGCUACAGUCUCUAAAUACUUUGAUUAUUAUGGAUUGCCCUUUGUUAUUGCCAAGGUGUCAACCCGACACAGGUGAUGAUUGGCCACAAAUUGCUCAUAUCAAGAAUAAACUGGUGAAGAAAACUCCUCAAGACUUAAGGGAUGACAUAGAAGAAGAGGUUUGUGUCGUCGGAGAUGGGAAACAAGACGAAGGAGGAUGGGGCGCAGGUGCGACGGGAGCAACAGUGGUAGUGGUGAAGGAGCAUGGAUGUGCAAUCAGUGGGUCUGUGUUGCAGAGAGAGAAGACAGAAGAUGAAAGGCCACACAAGGGUGUAUUUGGGGGUAUGGAACAAAAGGGUGUGGCGGUGGUGGCCGGUGGGUGGUGGAGGCCGAUGAGUUAG